AAAAAGAAGAUCCAUCCAUUUUUGUUCAGAGUGUAAACAUGUUUGGGUGUUUAGGAAAAAUUAUAACUUCUGUUUUAUUCGGUGUGGCUAGUUGUAUAGUUUUUCUUCUGACACGCGGUGAUAUGUUUCAACGGAAGGUGUCUGUAGAGUUGAAUCCCGGUCUGACUCCUCCGUGGGUUCUUCCUCCUGGAGUGAAUCUGGUUCAUGUGCGAGGUCUGGGGCAAAGUGACACACUUCACUUCCUGCUGUGUAAUCAUGGAGCUCCAGCACUGCUGAUGGUCAACACUUACAGCCCACAGUCAUCAGUGCAGGUGGACUGGCCUUCCUUCAUCAACCGCAGUUCACCCAGCAGCCUGAAGGUGGAGCCGCAGACCAGUGUGCGGUACAGCAGAGCACUAAUGUUCACCAGAGUGUGGGAGUACGAUGAUGUCCGUAACACCGCCGACCCCCAGCAGACCACAGAGUCCAGCUUUUACCCUCCAUACGAGCUCCAGAACUUCAUCUGGUCUGACCCAAAGAUCACUGUUAAUCAGUCGGGUAUCACGGUAACACUGUGCGGUGGAGUGAAAAUGGAGAGUUUCGUCAACGGCUCCCUCUGUCUGCAGUUCUCAGCGUUUGAGUCAGUGGGACGUGAUCAAAUGUGGCCAAAUCUCCGUCAUAACGCUAACUCCUCGCAGCUGCGUAUGUGGAUGGACAGUGUAACGCCGCGAGGAAACCACUCCAGAUUCGCUCUGGAGUUUCAGUCUGUUGGAGACUCAGUAUUCCGGGAAAGAACUUAUGACAGCACCUGCAUAGACGAUGAGUACAAACCCUAUUUCUUUCAGGUGUCUAAUUGGGUCUCGGUUCCAGUAAAUGGUGACAAUGUGUGGGGUUAUAAUCAGUGGAAACCUGUGGCGUAUCGUAAACCAGAACCGGACCCCACACCCUGCACACACUCCGAGCUUGUGUCCGUGGACCAGAUCCCUCAGUCCCAUCUGGUACAAGCGUAUUUCAUAAAAGAUCCUCAGACUUACGGCCUGAACAUCAGCUUCGGCAUCCCUGGAGACCCAGUUUUUUACAAUGACACCAAAUACAUCAGCUGGACUGUUUUAAUGGGCUUGGGUGUACCUCUGGGCAAUUCAUUCUACAAUUUACACAUUGCCUUCAUACCCAUUGGAAUUGUUAUACUGCUGUUCAUUUUCGCAGUUGAUUGUGCUUGUAAGAGGACAUCGGGCUACACACGAAUCUGAUGUUACUAGCCUCGAUCUCAUGCUCACACAAAACAAUUAGUGAUGAGGUAUACUGAUCACUGAGAGGACCACUAUAAACACCUUACUGUUAAUUGGAUGACUGACUUAAAAUUUAGAAAUAACACAAAAAAUUAUCUGGAUGGGUCGGUCUUUUUUGUUUAAAAGGAUUACAUAUUGAAUUUUUCUACACCUUUAUACUUAAAUAUCAUAGGCUGGACAACCACAGAUCAAACCUGCAAGUGCAAACUAAUUUUUUGCUUUUUGUUUUCUUAAUACAAUUUUUCAUGCAUAUGGUUGUUUCAUGCAUAAUUCUGCUUGUAAAAUCAAUUAAAUGAGACAGAAUAAUGACAACUGCACACAUUUUAAAGACUUAAUAAACGUUUUCUCUUUAAUCCUGAAAUAUAUGCAAAUGUUUUCAUAAUUAUUAAGAACUGCACUAAGCAAGGUUCUCAGUAGGGAUGCCCAAAUCCUAAUUAUGAAUGAGAAAAAUCAUGGAUAACGAAUAAUACAUUCUACGGAGCCCCUAAAGGGACAUGGCUAGUCUUGCUGUGGUAGCCAGUCAUAUUACAGUACUUCAGAUUUCACUUAUCACUUGAGGAUAGUAAGGAGAGAGAGGAUUGACAGGAUGAGGUCGAAGGAUUUGAUGCAGAACAGGUCCUGAGUGUCACUGACAAAUAUCUUGUAAAAUCAGUACCUCCUAAAUUCAUACCCUAGGUUAUAUAAUGUAUUUACAACUUAUUAAUUAAAUGUUUAUUAUUUUAUAUUAUGCAUAGCUGUAAAGCGUUAGAUAGAUAGAUAGAUA